CUCCGGGUCCCGGCCGGUGUGGUCGGUUGGGUAUGUCGUAGCAUGCCAUAGCCUCUGCGACAGGCCCCUGGACGGGACGGCCCUGGCGGGUACGAGGGUGUGUCAACACGACACCGGCAGCGAGCCACCCCUGUCAGCGCGCCGAGUGACAUGUCGAUUGUGAAAGUGCAGUGCCUAUGACGGGGACUCUCUGUCAUCACUAGAACUCUAAUUGGAUACCUUUUGAACUUUGACCCGUGGAUAAUUGACCUUUGGGAAUAUGACAUCUAACGGAUUCCACGCCAUGGGCUGCAGGCCGGAUGCCGGCGUGCCGGACAUGACUGUCAUCUCGGACAUCGACGAGAACGGCAUCAACCGGAACCUGCAGGUCCGCUACGGGCGCGACCAGAUAUACACCUACACUGGAUCCAUCCUGGUCGCCGUCAACCCCUACAAGGAAGUGGAGAUCUACUCGCCGGAGUUCGUGUUCAACUACCAUGGGCAGAAGCUGGGGCUGCUCGAGCCGCACGUGUUCGCCCUGGCCGAGGCCGCGUACGCCUCUCUGCAGGCCGCCGAUGAGAACCAAUCCUGCGUCAUCUCGGGCGAGUCGGGCGCCGGCAAGACGGAGACCACCAAGUUCAUCCUCCAGUAUCUGUGCUCGGUCACCAGCAACGUGUCGACCUGGGUGGAGCAGCAGAUCCUCGAAGCCAACACCAUCCUCGAGUCGUUCGGAAAUGCCAAAACAGUGCGCAAUGACAAUUCAUCAAGGUUUGGGAAAUUUAUGCAAGUUUGUUUUGAUAACCGGUGGAUGAUAAAAGGAUGCAUCAUUCAAGACUAUCUUUUGGAGCAGAGUAGAAUAACUUUCCAGAGCCCUCAAGAACGUAACUACCAUGUAUUCUAUCAACUUGUGGGUGGAGCCAAGAAUAACAAAGAACUGUCAGAACAAUUCCAUUUACGAUCAGCUGACUUUUACAAGUACCUUAAUCAAUCUGGUUGUAUCAAUAUUGAGGGGGUGUGUGAUGCCAAGAAAUUUGAUGCAUUACGCCUUGCAUUUAAUGUUGUUCACAUUCCAUCAAAUAUGGUUGAUGGAAUCUUCAGUGUUCUGUCUGCUAUUCUUUGGUUGGGUAACACAGUGUUUGAGGAUGUUGAUGGAGAGCGUUGUGAACUUGCUGCUUCUGAUAAAGAAGUUGUUAGCAAAGUUGCUCAGCUUUUGGGGCUGGAGGAAAAUGACAUAGCUCAAGUUUUGCUGAAACGACAGAUCAAUGUUCGUGGCAACAUUACAGAGAUUCCUCUUAAGCUUCAAGAAGCAGACGAAAACCGACAUGCAAUGGCCAAGGCGCUGUACUCAAGAACAUUUGCAUGGCUGGUUAAUCAUAUUAACACUUGCACCAAUCCUGGCAAAGACGCCCAAAGAUUUCUAGGUGUGCUUGAUAUUUUUGGGUUUGAGAAUUUUGCUGUUAAUUCAUUUGAGCAGCUCUGCAUAAAUUAUACAAAUGAGAAACUUCACAAAUUUUUCAACCACUAUGUGUUUGCUCUUGAGCAAGAGAUAUAUCGUCAAGAAGAAAUCGAAUUUGCUCACAUAACAUUUACUGACAAUACAUCAUGUUUGGAAUUGGUAGAACGUCCCCCAAGAUGCAUUUUAAAAUUGCUUACUGAACAAUGCCAUAUGCCUAAGGGGUCUGAUCUUGCUUAUCUGAAUAAUCUCCAUGCUGAAUUUGAUAGCCAUCCUCAGUAUGUAAAAGGAGAGGAUAAAAGGAAUUGGGAAAAAGAAUUUGGUAUUGUGCAUUACGCUGGUUCUGUGACGUACAAUGUGACUGGAUUUGUUGAUAAAAAUAGAGAUGUACAACAGGAUGUUUUCUUUGACUUUUUGUCUCGCUCAAAAGUUGAUUUUGUUCAAGAAUUAACAGCAUUCCAGGAUCUAUUAAGUUGCACCACUGCCCGGAUGGGCAAUGUUAAUGGUAGCACACAACAAACAAUGGCUCGUGGAACAAGCAAGGGAAAGCCAACAGUAAGUGAUACAUUUCGACACCAACUUCAAGCACUGGUUGAUGUGCUUCAGGCAACUAAUCCUUGGUAUGUGAGGUGUAUUAAACCCAAUAUGCACAAAGCCCCCAAUAACUACAACGAGACAUUGGUUCUUGAUCAGCUGAAAUACCUUGGAAUGCUGGAUAUUAUUCGGAUCCGUAAAGAGGGAUUUCCAAUCCAUUUUACUUCAGAAGAUUUUGUGGCACGUUAUGGAUGUCUGUCUCGAAAUCGCAAAAAGCAGCAGAAUAUCAAAGAUGCAGUGAGGGCACUUAUAAAACAGUUUGAAAUUCCUGCAAAAGAAUGGCAAAUUGGUAAAUCUAAAGUGUUUUUAAGAGGAUGUGCUCAUGAACCACUUGAGGAUGCCCGAAAAACACUUACUAAUAAGUGUGCCCUUAUUAUUCAAAAAGUAUGGAAGGGUCACCGUGUGAGGAAAGAAUAUGUUAAGAGACGUAAUGCAACUAUGAAGCUUCAACAUACUUAUAGAGGCUGGAAGCAAAGGCUUUCUUUCCUUCAGAUGAGGCGUGCUGUUAUUGUUAUUCAAUCACAUUUGAGAGGAGUUUUUGCAAGAGAGGUUGCAGCUGCAUUGAGAGAAAUGCGCAGAGUUGAAGAAGAAAUGCGCAAGAGAGAAAAGCUUGAAGAGGAAAGACGCCAAAGGGAGUUAGAACGGGCCGCACGCGAGCAGUCAGAAAAAGAAUUGCAGCAAGAUCUUGAAGACAGUGAAAGCCAAUACAACGGCUUGAGUGGAAUGGAGGCUGGAGCUGCUCAGCAGGAAAUUGCUGCUUUAUCAGAAAUUGCUGGACAACUUAACUCAAAACUCGCAGCAUCUGCAUCAGAACAGUCAGGAGAGUCUGUUGACCUGGACAAUUUGUUUGCAUUUUUGUCUGAUGUUCAGACUGGCCAAAAUGUUAACCGUAAUCAUAUCAUAGACCAGAUAGGAGAGCAAAUGGAUGAACUAGUGGAAGAUUUAGAUGUUGAGCUUGAAUCAGUUAUACAGCAGGAACUGGAAGGUCUUACUGGGCAGCCUCAACCUCCUUGCAGUCUUGAUCUACCUCACCAGAUGCGUGCUCCAAAAUGUUCCAAACCAACUCUGCCAGAACCAACAGAACCACCACCACCACCACCACCAGCAUUUGCAAACCAAGGACCACCUCCAGCUGCACCUGUGUCACCAUCUGAGCCCGUCGCUCCAUUAACCCAGAUUACACCGCUUACACCACCAACCACUUUUCAAACCACCCCGACGACAAAUGCAAAGAAUGAGCCAAUCUACGAGAGCGUUCUUCCUCGGAGCGAUGGUUGUGUAUCUCCGCCUCCGUUGCCUGCACCUCCUCACAAGCUGCGUCCCAAGAGCCCCGGUGUGGAACGACUCCAGCAACAGCGUGGCUCAAGCCGCGGUUCGAGCCCUGGUCCGAUUAACAACGGUCAUGCCGCCCCGGUACACGCCGCCCCACCACACAAUGUGCAUGGUCUUCCCCACCAACACCACAGUCUCGGUCCGCGGUCCGAUUCGCCUCAUGCAGGAACAGCUUCACCGAGACACAGUCGCCCAAGCUCACGUUCUAGCCAGCCAACGAAUGGUCAGUGGAAUGGCACCCACGAAGACCCAGAGCGAGAUCAAAGGCGUCGAUUCCGUGUCGAGCGAAAACUACAGGAGCUCGAAGAAACUACUCAGGUUGCGCAUGUUCGUUCAGCUCUUGAUGAUCCAUAUCAUGAUAUUGUUGAAUUUGCCCAGAGCUAUUUCAAUCCUCAUGAGCGUUCACCUGAAGGCACUAUUAUAGCCACUCUAACUCGGAAGCGAAAAUCUAUGGAAAUAAUGCCAAAAUAUGAAAUGGUCACUUACUACCGGGGUAAUACCAUUCCUACUUCACAUAUUCACCUUUAUGACCCAGAGAAUGUAAAUGUGGCCUGUUCAAUAUUCAGAGAUCUGUGCCGCUAUAUUAGAGGAGAUCUUAAACCAGAGGCAGAAAUCAGCACAAUUCAAUCUAUUAUUGGAUUUGGCAUUGAAAGAGAGGAGCUCCGUGAUGAGAUAUUUGUUCAAUGCAUCAGGCAAGCCACAAACAACCCAAACCCAGAAUGGGUCGAACGAGUGUGGCUCCUUCUAUGUCUUGCAAUUGUUGCCUUCCAGCCCAGCAAACUUCUUUUUAAAUAUUUUGUCUGCUUUCUGAAAAAGAACUUGCAGUUAGAUGGUAAAAUGAAGCAAUACGUUCAGUGGUGUCUGGAUAAUUGUAACAAUAGCAAAGUUUCCUGCCGUCAACACCCUCCUUCCACUGUGGAAAUCGCUGCCAUGAGGCGUCUAGGAACAAUUGUGUGCAGAUUUUUCUUCUUAGAUGGACGCACAAAGGCAAUAGAUAUUCACCCUACAGACACUGCAAGUGAUGCUUCAGCAAAGCUAGCUGACAAACUCGGUCUCCGGUCUCUCGAAGGCUGGGCUAUUUAUCAAAGCAGACCAGAUGGUGAGGAGCAUGUGCGAGCACAUCACUAUCUAUAUGAUGUCAUUGCAGCUUGGGAAAUGAAACAAGCAAAGCAGGGACAAUCGUCAUCCUCAUUUCCCACCCUCAGUAGAAGAGGGGAAAGAUCUACUCUUGGAAGUGGGGAGAAUCGAUUUAUUUUCAAAAGACGACUCUUCCGUGCGAACCAUCUUAGGGAGCUAUCUCAAGAUCCUGUUGAAAUAAAUAUGCUUUAUGCCCAAGCAGUAUACCACGUUGUGAAGUGUGACGAUUUUCCUGUGAGUGAGAAGGUUGCUCUUCAGCUGGCCGGUCUCCAAGCGCAAGUAAUGUUAGGUGAUCCGAAGGACAAUAACCGGCUUGACUAUUACAAUGAUGUAGAUAGCUUUUUGCCUUAUCGUGUUAGCCGAAGUCGUGGGGAGGAUGUAUGGGUGCCCAUCAUUGCCCAUGCACAUCGACAAUAUGGUGCUGGACGUUCGGAGAUUGCAUCCAAAGUCCUCUACUUGUCAUGUGUUAUGCAGUAUCCACUAUAUGGAACCACAAUGUUCCCCGUUACUUACAGAGGAUACUGGUCCUAUGGCAAUAGUCUCAUCCUUGGAGUUCAUUGCAAUGGACUGAUGCUCAUCAAACCUGAUGAUAAAUUUGUUCUUUAUGAAUAUAGAUAUGAAGACGUUGAAUCACUGUUCUUAGAUCCUAGUGACUCUUUCAUAACUAUUAAUGUAAUGCGUCAGCAUCCUGGGCAGGCACACCAUCAAAAUCAGCAAGGUCAACCAGAAAACACUCACAAGUGCUUUGUCUUUGAAACUCCACAGAAAAAUGAAAUAGGAUCACUCAUAGUUAGCUACUGCCCACAACUUGCUGGGUGGAUCACUGAAAGUGAAGCUCCAGCUAAAAAAGUGAAGGGCAUUACAAAUGAAGAUCGAGUUAGGCUCUAUCACAAUUUAGUCAACUGUAGAAGAGUACUGAUAGAUGGAGAAUUAUUACGUAAACCACAAGAUACUGGAGCAAGCUUCCUUCGAAAUACCCUCAGAAGAUUGAGCAAGCACAGAUUAGAAAAACUAAGGUUGGAACAUGGAGGAUCAGGUGACAGUGGUGAAACAUAUAAGGGCUUUCCUUACACUUAUUGGGCUUUUAGCCGACAACCACUGACCCAGACUCUUAGCAAACUUCCAGAGGCUGAAGAGACUUUAGGCUUGCAAGUCUUUAAUACUAUUUUGACUUAUGCUGGUUUAGGUCAAGAUGGUGACAGUGUACGCAGAGCUGAAGAUGAACAUAUUAAUCUUAUUAAAUCAAUAAUGGAACGCUGUAUGAGAUCAGAACAUCUCUUAGCAGAACUGUAUUUACAGUUGAUAAAGCAAACCACAGAACAUCCUGAUCCUAAUUCCCGGGUUAAUCUGAGACAUUGGGCCUUGCUCUCUCUGGCAUGCUCUGUCAUUUUACCUCCGCAGAAGCCAUUGCGCCGUUAUCUUAUUGCCCACUUGAAGAGAUGUGCUUCAGACUUUGUAACAGAAGAGGGAAAGUUUGCUCGUUUUGCUGAAAAGUGCCUUUACAAAACACAAGGUACUAGAAGACGGCAGUGGCCUCCUUCCAGAGAAGAAAUCAUGUGCACUAUCAAUCGUAGGCCAAUAUAUGCAAGGUUCCAUUUCAUGGAUGGUCAAUAUCAUGCAGUGGAGUUCCACCCUUCAGCCACUGCAAGAGAUGUGAUGGAAAUCGUAAAGACUAAAAUUGGCUUGCGGGAGAAAGCAUUGGGCUAUGCCAUUUAUGAAGUACUCGGGAGUUCGGAGCGCAGUUUAAUGCCUGAUGAGAAAGUUGCUGAUGUGAUGUCGAAGUGGGAAAGAUACCGUGCUACAUUGGCAGCUGAAAAUACAGGGCAGACAAAUAGUGGUGCUUCAACUGGCACUUCAACUGGCACUAUUGGUCGAAGAGGACAGCAAGCACAACAGUCUGCUCCUCAACCUCUGUUUCUAUUCAAAAAGCAUUUGUUCCUUGAUGAAUAUGUUGAUCUAAAUGAUCCUGUUGAAAAAGAACUUCUCUACCAUCAAGUUCUUCACGGGCUUCGAUGUGAUCGUUAUCCAAUUACAGAAAUGGAAGCUGUCAUGUUGACUGCCUUGCAGUCACAACUAGAGCUAGGUGAUUGGGAAGAAAGUCUUCUUGACUAUCGUUCAGUUGCUAGUCACUGUUUGGCUCCCCGUUUAGUGCCCGUUGUCCCUGCAGAGGCUGUUGUGAUGCAUCAUCAAUCUCUUUCGGGAAUGACACCACCAGAAGCAAAACAAGCAUUUCUGAAUCUCAUUCAAAGCUGGCCCCUUCACAGGGCUACUAUUUUUGAUGUGAUGCAAUCCUUCACAUCAAAUUGGCCAAGAGUUUUGUGGUUGGCUGUAGACCAAACAGGUCUUCAUCUUCUUGAGCAUCGGUCUAGAAAUGCUCUGUGCUCAUAUGAAUAUGAGAGCAUUCUGAGUUAUUCUCCAGCUGUGAAUUGCCUUAUGAUCAUCACAGGAAGUGAUCGUAAACAAAGCAAAGUAAUUCUUACUACUUCACAGGCAUUCCAAAUAGCUAAUUUGAUCCGUGAGUACUGUGAGGUUUUAUCUGGUCCCCAAGAUGUGAAAAGACAACAACUACAGCAGCAGCAGCUGCAAGCACAUCAACAGACAAUGAAUAGAAGACGAGCUGCAGGUGGCCAAAGUGCCAAUAGUAGACCUGUAAGCAUUCUCCAUAAGAAUACUCCAAUAAUUGAGCCACAACCAAGCUAAUGUAUAUUUUAUAAUUCAGUUAAUUGUGGUUAAUACUCCUGUAGUGGCCUUUAGUUACCAAAAUAUCAUUUUCCAUACCAGUGAAACCAUUAAAGUGAAAAAAAGAAGAGCUACAUCAGUUUUGCUCAUAAACUCAGAAGUUUUGAAGAUUUUACAAUUUUACUUAAUGUGGGCAGUACUUAUUACUCAAAAACUUAUGUUAAAUAUUUUUCUUGCAAAAUAUUGCUCAGUAGAAUCUUUGCAUGCCAAAGAAUGAUCUCUUAUUUUAUCCCACUUUUUAAGUCUCUCAUCUCAGGUUUUAUAACUGUAGGGGAUUGUUGUCCUCUCUUAUUCCUCCUUUCAGCUAUUGUUAGCGAAUUAUGAUGAUGCUUGUUGUAGCCUCUUUAAAUUCUGGUAGUUGUGGUACAGUAUUGAUAAUAAAGUUAUCAAGCUCAUGCUUCAAGUUAUGGCUUGAAUUUAAAUGUCAAGUACACCUAAACCUUGUGCUAUUAGAAAAUGUGUGCUUUUCAGAAAUCGAGAGUGAUUAGUGAGACAAGGGAUAAAGCAAACUGUCUCAAAUUUGGUGCUUGUGCUUUAAUGUGGAAUGUUAUGACUAGGUCAACAACGCAUUCAUAGCUGAAUUGGUGCGAUUGUAAAUAAUUUGAAUAGUAAAUUUUUAUCUUAGGAUUUUAAUUAAUUUUGAAUUGUAUAUUGAAAGCGUGUAAAUUUGUGCAAGUUUUUGCUAGUUAUUUAUCUUUAAUUGUUUUAUUAAGUGAUUUAUGGGAGAUGUAUAUGUAAAGUGUUUGGGAGACUUUUUGAAUCUUGGUUUAGAUGAAUUGGAAAUGUUUGUUGAAGGGACGUAAUGGUCUUUACUUGACCCCAACCUGCUGCCAAAACUUAUUCUGUUUAUGUUUGUGGUUUAAGUGGUUUUUUCCUAUACUAAUCAAAUUGAACUGAAGUAACAUUCAUUCAUUUUAGACAAUAUUAUAAUUGGAGUACAUUGUUGGAGUACAUACAAUUUUCAUCACAGUACCGUAGUGUACAUGUGACUGAAGUUCUCAAGCUUCUUACUGCCAAAGAUUGAUGAGACCUGCAUUUUAAUUUAUGUUUCUUCCACGAUGUGUAAGUUUUAUAUAUGAGUCAGUACUCAGGACUGUUAUUGUAAUACCUGCAAACCGCGGAUACUCCUGAAGUGAUCUGGUCUGCAUCUUUAACUAAAUACCUUUUGCUCAUUUUAUUAAUAUUUGUGAAAUAUGGAAGAAGGAAAGAAAAAGGGGGGGGGGGGGUAAUUUGUCUUCAUGUUCCACUUCUAUUUUAUGAGAACUGUGGUUCUGAUAAAUGACAAAUGACAGUUUUUCAUUAUUUUAUUUUGCAAUGCAACUUGGUGCUAUAAACUGGAAUGUGGAUCUGGGUCAUGUAUGUAAGACUCAACUCUAACUCUGCCAUUGUUAGUGAGCCACACCAGUAGAACUACCUAUAGCUAGUGACAAGUCUGCAUUGUUUUUUGACCACAAUUUUCCUAGUACAUUUUCUGUAUGCUCAUAAAGCAGUGGUGGUAAACAGUACCUGCAAAAUUAAGAUAUUGCCACAGAAGCACACAUGAAAUUAAUCACUUAGUAGUUUUCAAUGGAAAUGUUGUAAAUCUUUGUCAUCUUUUUCAUAUAAUAUGUUAAGGAAUGUAAUUCUUCUCGUUAAAAAGCACUAAGUGCUGAAUUGUGUUAUCUUGUUUUGCAUUGUGGUUGGAUGCCUUUUGUUGAAGGUCUGCUGUGGCUUCUGGCAGAAAACCAGCAACCCUCCAAUUCAGUGUAAUCUUAAACCAUUGCAUUGACAUCUCUUUCUACAAGGGUUUUAAUUAAGAUGAACCCAAACUAGCCAGAGCCUGUGAUAGUAAUUGUAUGAUAGUCAAGGAAAAGAUGAUAAAGAGUGAUAAUAGUAAUGAAUGUAAAUAUUAAGAGUGAAUGAAUGAAACAACUAUUCCAACUACUUUGAGUGCAGAUCUGAUGCAUUCUUGUUAAAAGAACAUUUUAGUUAUUACCAUCUUUAAUUGGAUAAUGAAAAUUAAAACAAUUUUGUUUAGGUUGUCAAAACAUUUAUUGAGUUGAAAACACGAACUAUUGGGUUACUUGAGUGAUGACAGUGCCAUCAUUACCCGUUUUUAUUUGAAUAUUUAUUAGCUUUUGUUAAUAUAUUGCAGUCAACAAUUAAAAAGCCAUUCUAAAAACUA